CAUUUCUUAAAAAGUUUGGAUUAGGGCUCUUAAUGUGCCCCUUCCGCCUGUUGAAAGUUGAAACCGAUUAAACCGAAUUGUUCCGAACGGACCUCAAUAUGAACAACUCGACUCCCGUAAAUCUGGUUCCCCAUCUUCUUCCUCUCCAAGGCCUCUAGUAAUUCUACAGCGCCAAAACUUGAGAGCUAUAGCAAUGGCAACAGAGGGGGAUAGCAAAAAACGGAAGAGAAGAGGAGGAAAAGGAAGGACCCGCAAUAAAACCCAGAAUAUUAAUACAAUCAGCUCUGCUUCUUUUACAAAUGAAAUUAACCCAGCUACAACCUCUAAUUCUUCUCGCUCCAAUCCUAAUAAAUCCUCUAAUUUUCUGGACAAGAUGAAGGCCAGGUUAUCAGGUGGGCAUUUCAGGAUGCUCAACGAAAAGCUUUACACUUGCACUGGGAAUGAAGCACUGAAGUUUUUCAAAGAGGACCCUUCACUGUUCAAUGUGUAUCAUGUAGGAUAUCAAGAACAAAUGUCACAUUGGCCCGAACUGCCAGUUAACGUAAUCAUCAAGUGGCUGAAGGAUCGUGAACCAUCUUAUAUUGUGGCUGAUUUUGGUUGUGGGGAUGCACGCUUAUCAAAGAAUGUAAUGAACAAAGUCUAUUCUAUUGAUCUCGUUUCCAGUGAUCCUUCUGUUAUUGCUUGUGACAUGUCAAAAACACCCCUUGAAUCAUCAUCGGUAGAUGUAGCUGUAUUCUGCCUUUCACUGAUGGGAACUGAUUUCCCAAGUUAUCUUCAGGAAGCACACCGAGUUCUUAAACCAAGGGGCUGGCUCCUGAUAGCUGAAGUAAAAAGUAGGUUUGAUCCAAACACUGGAGGAGCAGAUCCCAUUAACUUUUCAAAAGCCAUAUGUGAGCUAGGAUUCACUACAGUAACUAAGGAUUUCUCAAACAAGAUGUUCAUCCUUUUUUUCUUCAAAAAAAAGGAGGAGCAACUGAGAGAUGUGAAUGAGAUUGAAUGGCCUGAGCUGAAGCCUUGUCUCUACAAGCGUCGAUAAGCAUUUGAGAAAAUAAUGGGUUUUACUUAUAUGGUGGGUUUUGGCCUCUUCUGUAAUUUUAAAGAAACAUGCAUCUAGCAUCUUUAUGAUACAAGGAGUGCUUAAUGUUGAGGGCACAGUUAUAUUAGCGACUAUGGUGAUGUUACUGAUAACUUGGGGAAACAAGUUUUUUGGAGUUUCAGAUGGGGAAUGGAACUAAUUCAUUUUUAACACAAGACCCUACAGCUCACCACUAUCAGUUUCUUUAGAAAUACUUCCUUAUGAUAUGAUCGGCUAGACCUACUUGUAUCCGGCAUUUGUUGGUUCAUUUUGCCGUUAGCUAGGAAGUCCUAACUGUCAUCAGCAGUCAUCUAUUCGCGCAAAACUAUUGCCAGUCAUUUUGCCAUUGUUCUUGCCUUCAGUCAUGGGCUGGGAAUUGUUGGCUGUGCACACCAGAUUGUACCAGAUCAUUAAACAAGGCCAGAAAAUUGUUACUAAAAUGUUAUGUUGUUGUAUUUUGGUUACUUCACUGCCAGGUUUUAUCUACUACUUUCGCUAGAGUGAUCGAUCCUCUAAAUUAUUUGAGGAAUUUAAUUUUGAUUUUAUUUUUGGGGUGUAGAGGGAGCCACAAAGGACAAGUGUACAAAUUGUGUGAACGAGAUUCAAUAUCAGGUCUUGGGUAUCACCCCCUAAACAAAUAAAUUAGUUCACAUCUACAAUUUUAAUUAAUUGUUCUUUAUCUA